CUUGCUAGCCAUGGGUAUAGCAUACAGUCCUUUUAUGUAUAGGUCUCACUUCAAGUUCAAUUCUUGUGAAGUCAGCAGUAGCCCCGCCUUCCAGAAUGGACAUGCCUUAACGCUUGCAACAUGCACAUAGGUGGACGCUAGUCCGUCCAUAUCUGAGUCCUUUUCCUGCUUGAAAAGCGGAACAGUUAGAGGAGGGGCAGUAUGUUAUCACGCGUCAUGAGGCACAUGACAUCCGGAGGGGCAUAUGUGCUUUCUUCUACAUCGUACGUGGCCGGUGCCGCUGUGGGACUUGCUUGGGGUGUCUUGGACCUGUACCUGAGUGUGCUGGGUCUUCUACUGAUCUCGUUCACCCCCAGAUGCUUGUGGGUAAAAAGGGCAGAAAAGGCUCCGCAGCACCCCAAGGGGCCAUCUCCGUCUAGCCAGGAGCCAACAGCGACACCACACAAGGCACCCGCGUCCACCUCCACGACCCGACCCCCUGCCAGCUCCCCUGCAGCCCCCGGCACUCCCAGCCUGCCCUCUGCAGCCGCGCCUCACCCUCCUCCGGGAGGUCCUGGACCCUCCUCAUUGCUGGAGGUUGACCCAGUACCCGCAGCAAGCAACGGAGCAGCCAACACCUGUGCCCUCACCAGUGCUGACGGACGACACGCCUCUCCAUCUGCUACAGCCGCACCCCAUGCAACCUCACCCGCUAGGACCUCAGCAGCAGCUGUGUCUGAGUCCCUAAAUGCCUCGCCCUUGCCGCCUGCUGUCGCUGCUGCUGUGGAGCCAUCUUCGGUUUCGGAGGAGUCGUCGCCGACUCCGCUUCAAGCAGCGCAUAAUGGCAGAGCAAGCUCAGCGGAGACUGGGGAUGGGUUGAGCCCCGGGCGUGUUUCAACCGCUGCGUCUUCACCCGAGUAUGGCGAGAGCUCCUCGCAGGAACUCACCAGCCCUGUGCUGCCUGCACCAAUGGCAGCAGCAGCCGCGGCUGCAGCAAUGCCGUACACUUCCUCCACUGCAGCAGCCCCUUCCCACCCUGCGGUGCGUGAGGUGCACGACGCAGAUCCUGAAGGCCAUGUACGGGCAACGUCAGAGGGCCACACGGCGAGUUCGGCGGCGCAUGCAGCUGGUGUGGGCGGGCCGCCCAAGGCUGCGUUGCCGCCCACAUCUGCGCCACCCCCUGUUAACGGUGCUCGGGCAGGUACUGCUGCAGGGGCUGGUGCAGGCCCCAGUAGCUCCGUUGCGGCCGGUGUCCCGUCACGCGCAUCUGGGUCGUCGCAGGCCAGCCGGUCGGGCGGAAGUAAGAGCAAGAAGAAGCAUGGGCAGCGAAAGGGGACUCAGAAGGCAACAGCGCGUUGAGGGGGCUCCAGGAGCUGUAACCGCCGUUAUAGGCCAUGGGGGAGCACAGGUGGUUGGGAAGGGUCGAAUGCUUGUGGGCAUUGCUGACACGGUUGCAUGAUGGCGUUGCUGUUGAACCAGAUUGGGCAUUCUUUAGUAGGGCCCUGAUUAGGGCACUCAGCCACACACCUGAGAAGAAUAUGCAGCGUCUCCUGUUGAGAUCUAGGUUAGGUAAGCACGUGCCAGGCUGGGGUUGGCAGGUAUUUCUGACAGGAAACGGUUGUAUCAGCUCUUUGGUUUAGUGUUAAACGCAAGCAGGCUGUUGCAGGGUAUCUAUUUUGUGAUUACUGUAGGUAGUGACGUUCUUUGAUGCAAGAUGCUGACUCCGACAAAGAUCCGGGUGCUAAACGUUUGCUGGUCCCAUGCACGGGCGUGUGCACCCGGCCUUGCGGCUAUUGGUUUCUUCUCCGUACUGCUGCCCCUUUAGGCAUGUUUGUUAACAGCUUGAUACGGUCUGUAACCUAUAGGCUUUUAGUUGCUGUUGCUCCGUUGUAGUCCUUUCUGGUGUAGUCCUUUCUGGUGUAUGUUCCUUGGGCUAUCCCUGUUGUUUGCUUUGGCAAUUUGGUACCGGUACUUGGCAGGUGGGGAAUGGCUUGGGCCGGACAGCUGUUACCAAUGCAGUAUGAAAGGUGCCUGCUGCAUGACCGGGCCUAUCUUGGACGAGCCCUAGGUGCUAAACUGGGUGCCUCUUUAGUUCUGGACCAGGCGUUGUCACGUCGUAGGCGUUACUUGGGGCAUGAAUGCAGUUCCUACGCCCUAGCAGGAGAGGGCGACGGGGCUGCAGACUCCAUGUUGGGUCAGCAGUCUAGGAUAUGCCCGAUGGCACGUUGUCCCUCCUCAACGUUGUCAUGCAAACGGCGCAAAGUUACCAGGCCGGCCCGGGCUGGGAGCUGUGGGGCUAGACGGGGUGAGGUUUUGUACAGCUUAUGACCUGGUAAACUCGAUCACAGAUCAUGCGUGGAGCAGACUCCAUCCGUAUCAACAAUUCUUGCCCUGAAAAAGAAUGCUUGACGUUGCGGCAGGUUGCGGGUACAACUGUUUGCCUGUGUAAACACGAC